AUGACUCGGUGCAACGUGUUGGUGGCGGCGGUGGCGGCGGCGGCGCGGGCUCUUCCGGGCGCCGCAGUUUCCUGCCAAGCACCGCGCAGCCGCCGGGACCGCGGGAUCCCCGGGUGCAGGCCUCAGCGCGGGUGCGGCGCCGGGGCUCCGCCGCGCACCCUGUCCUGCCCCGCGCCGCCCGCCCGCGCCAUGCACGCCGCGCCGCUGCUGCAGCUGCUGCUGCUCGCGCUCCUGGCCGCGCCCGCUGCCCGCGCCAGCCGUGCCCAGUCCGCUGUGGCGCCGCGGCCCGAGCCCGAGCGCCCGCCGCCCGGCCCGGGGGCCGGGAACACCACCCGGACCGGGUCCGGGGAGGCGGUGGCGGGCGGCGGUAGCUUCAACAGCAGCGGCGACGCCCUGGUGACCCGCAUCUCCAGCCUGCUCCGAGACCUGCCCACCCUGAAGGCGGCCGUGAUCGUGGCGUGCGCCUUCACCGCCUUCCUCAUCGCCUGCCUGCUGCUGCGGGUCUUCAGGUCGGGAAGGAGGUUGAAGAAGACCCGGAAGUAUGACAUCAUCACCACUCCUGCUGAGCGAGUGGAAAUGGCCCCGCUGAAUGAAGAGGAUGAGGAAGAUGAGGACUCCACAGUAUUUGACAUCAAAUACAGGUAAAACCUGUUUUCCAGCAUGUUGGCGUCCUGUGGAAAGUUGGUCAGCUGCAGCCUGGGGUGUGAAGGAUCUGGAAGCCGUCUUGUGCGAGGUGUUGAAACCGAAACAAACAUUAUUUAUGAAACCCUGGCACAUUUGUGUGUGUCGAACAUCUGCUCAGAAUGUCACUGCAAGAGAGUCACGUCUACCACCUCUUGGAUGCCCCUUUACACUGUCAUUCCUUCUUUCUCCUCAAGCGGGCUUUUGCUUUGCUAAGGGGCGAAGGGUAGAAACAUGUUGGUUUAAAAAGUGAUAAUUUGAAAUCAGCUGUUGACAAAAGUAAACGUGAUCAGAAGUUAUCAAGAACCUAAAAAAAGCCUGAAGGAUAUCCAUCUGUAUAUUUAGGAUUUCUGACAUGCUACUCUCCUGGAUCUGUGACGUUCUAGACGUCUGACCCUUUGGUGGUCUUUUGGGCUCAGUCAAGUUCUGGCGCUAUGUUGGUGAUGGCUGUGUGAAAGUUCAAAGCGAGAGCGCUUAGAGCUGGUCAGCCCCUAGUGGAAAUAUACACAUUUGUCACUCCAUUUUUUCCCCUUUCUCAAAAAGCGUUCAGUGGAAUUAGGCAUGGCUAGCUCACAAAGAAUUUUGAAUAUCAGGGAAAAAUCUGUGUGCGUGUGUGUGU